CCAUGUGUGCUGACAGUACAGAUAACUAAUUGAUUGCCUGAUAAAUGGCUCUCUUUUGCGAGACUCUCUGAGAAAUGUGGUAAAUCUUCGAUAACAUUAUUUCACUCUAUGUGGAAAGAAUUCGAAAUAAUGCGGCUUUUGGUGGUCAGUUUGCCCUCAAAACUACUUAUUCUCCUGUUGAUAUUCUUCGGUUUCAUGUAUGUAAUCUACUUGGUGGUCAUAAAAUCAGAUGAACAUGUCCCAAUAUGUGUCCUCAACUAUACAUCGGUCCUUGAUAAUCAGUUCAAAGAGAUAGGCUGUUAUCGACUCAAAUAUGACCAGGUUGGUCGUCUACAGCCAUUUCUGAAUCUACUAACUUGGCCACAGUUGGAAGCCAAAUAUGCAUCUUCUCAGCCAAGAGAUUACAUUGUGCUCAACAACUCACCAGAAAAUUCCGAUCUAAAACCUUUAUUUGGAUCACUUUACACUAGAUAUGAUGCAGCAUUAGCAAACGCUACAAAUGAAAACGUAUCAAAUGAAAAUAAUGAAAGUGAAAAAGUCACCGAAAAGCAAGGUUUGCCUAAAAUAUGGACUCCAAUGGGUUGUUCUACUAGUAUGUCAUCAGCUAUAAUCAUUCCAUAUCGUAAUCGAGAUGAACACCUACGCAUUGUAACAAAUCAUCUACAUGCGUUUAUAAGGCAUCAAAAAAUACCAUAUACCAUUUUCGUGAUUGAACAGACCGGAGAAACUAAAUUUAACCGUGGUGCUCUUUUAAAUGCUGGGUUUCUUGAGGUUUCAAAGUUGCAGGAGUAUAGCUGUUUCAUUUUACACGAUGUGGACAAACUGCCUGAAGAUGACCGUAUUACUUAUACGUGUAAUUCACGUCCGACGCACUUUUCCUCUGCACUUAGUCAGAACGCUUACAAAGGACUGUAUAGGGACUUUUUCGGUGGUGUUGUGGGAUUUACUCGUCAACAGUUUCUGGAAAUAAAUGGAUUUUCAAACCUAUAUGAAGGAUGGGGUGGUGAGGAUGAUGAUUUAUUGACUCGAGUUAGUCAAACCAAAAACUGGAUGUUUCGAAUCGACCCAGAUAUUGGUCGUUAUUAUACACUGAGUCAUGCCACUGAUAAGUUGAAUGAAGUCAAUCCAGACUGCUUUACAUUAUUAAAGCACGCAUCUACACGUAUUAAAAGUGACGGACUGAAUACCUUGAACUACAGUGUUAUCUCCUCACAAACUAUGUACAACGGUUUACUUCAUUGGAUUGCCGUGGAUAUACCAUCAGUGAGGAAGAGUCAUUCAUAGUGAAAAUGUACACUGAUACAAGAUGAAUUUUUCUGCUUUAUAUCAAGAAAGACAGAGGCGAAUUCAUCCUGGAAAUACACUUUGUUGAUACAAGUGAAUACACAGUCGAUCUACAAACAUUUUACUUUUGGUUUUGUAUAAUAAAACUCGUCCUUGUAUUCACCAAUUUUACACCUUAUAUUCAUAUAUAAAUAUAAAUAAUGAUAUGUUCAGGUAUACAAUAAAUGUAUUAUUUUAA